UGCCCGCUCAGGGGCGGGGUGAAGGCCAGCGGGUCACCUCCGGGGCCAGUGGGUGGACCGCUCCCUAGCCCCCUCCCGGGGCACGGUGGGGGUCUCUGGCAGGCGAAUGGCCCAGGACUCCUGGACAGGGUCAGACCCGCUCAUCGGAGCCCCCCACCCCUGGUGCCGAAACCCGGGAACUCGAACCAGACGCGUAACAUUGCACGACUGGAGAGGUAAGAUCCAGAACUUCACACGGGAGACGGGUCGACGUCGAGGAAGGGAACGACCAGACCCGAUCUGGAUUCCAGAAAGACUGACAAGGAGAGUGACAGAUAAGAAAGAAGAGGAAUUUCCUCUAGCAGUCUUGUUUCGACAGCCACGGGACUUUGGGAUUAUAGCCAUUGUAACGGCAAUUGUCGCCUCUGCCGCAGCGGCUGUUACGGCGGGAGUGGCCAUGGCCUCCACUGUCCAAACUGUGCAGACUAUUAAUGACGUCGUAAAAAGAACAUCAGACGCUCUAUUUGUCCAGGAACGCAUAAAUGAUCAUCUGGCUUCGGGGGUGCUACUAUUAAAUAAACGCAUGGACUUGCUGCAAGCAGCUAUGGAAGAUCUUUUUGAAGUCACCAGCCUAGGUUGCGUUCAGAGACUGCACCAUAUGUGUGUUACGCCAUAUCCGGCCUCUCUGAAUGAGUCAAGAAAACUUGGGUCUUAUCUAUCAGGGAACUGGUCUAUGGAAUUUGGGGAACUUCAGCAAAAUCUUACUAUCAUGAUUUUGCAGCUGAAUGAAACUAGAGCAUCUGUUGUCACUCUGAAAGGGUUUUCUGAUUAUAUAUUACAGGGGUUACAAUGGUUCAAAGAAUGGGUGGGGGUUGGAUUGUUCGGAGCUGUAUUACUAUUAGGGCUAUUGUGUACUCUUUUUGUUCUUUUCCGAUUAGUACGCAGCCGCAAGCGCGAAAAAAUUGCUCUCCUGCAAGCAAUGGCCGCAAUUGAGGCAGGCAGUUCCCCCGCGGUUUGGCUCAGCUUGUUUGAAGAAGCUUAAAAGAAUGUCCUUGCACUCAGGGGCCAUAGUGCCAUUGCACCUGAUAGGAAUUCUUUUCAUCUGGGAUAUUGCCUUAGCACUCCGAGAGCUUUUGCUCAUUGCACCGGAAUAGGAGUAUCCCUGAGCACAGGCGCCCCUUGAUCGGCCAGCACAUCAUGAGGUGAAGGCCUGAUCGGGGAUAAGACCUCAUUUGCUGUAAAAAACAAAAAGGGGGAACUGUGGCAGGGUGCCUACGUGCUGGAGUAAAGGUUGCUUGCAUGCCUACGUGCUGGAGUAAAGGUUGCUUGUGUGCUCUUCCAACAGCCUUAGAUAAGUGUCUGUGCGAAGGCACUAAUGUUUAACAGGGCCAGUUUCUGCGCUCCUGGUAAGGCUUGUUUAUUCUGAAGCUCCCUGCUUUUGUGGGUUUGUAUUGUGCUGCUCUUUCGCCAUGUUUAGACUUAAGAUAAUGUUUAACUAUGUACUGGGACAGGGGAUGGGUACAUAAGCAGUGGAAGAAAUGUGUUUAGCGCCUCUCCGCCUACAUCUGUAUUGACAACCGAGUGGCGUCUCAAUAAACCGUGAUCGAAGAA